AUGGAGCUACCAAAAUACGAUUCGAGAAGCAUUUCCAAUCCAAAAAAUUUACCUCCAGAAAAAGUGCACAAAAGCGGAUCGGGUUCUCGAGAUAUUCUCCGUGAACAAGAGAAAACUUUCUCUGGAGAAGAUUUGAUUAUGUCUGAUGAGAAUUGGAGCUAUAUAACUGAGAGUGAAGACACAUAUAUGGACGAUGACUAUUACACAGAUGGGACUCACACCGGCGACACCACGAUCUAUCGUCCAUCUUCUGGUCUUGCGCCCCAGGUAACAGCUCCUGUGAAAAGCUACGCUCCAGUUCAGGCUCCCCAAAAACGAUACGUACCAGCUCCACGCCGUUAUAGAGGAAUUCUUGAUCCAUACGAGGGCGCAGAAGAUGCCGCAUUUUUUGCUCACGCAAAUACACGGUAUCAGCAAGGAAUUCGGGAAGCACUACGCAAAAGUGAAGAGAAGUGUAAGGAGGAGAAAUCGAGGUCUGCGAGAAAGGAAAACACGGGUUUGACUACGCGGACCAACGCAGCGCCUGCUGCUACUGGCGGAGGAAAAAUCAACUUUAUUGAUCUCUUAUGGGGCAAGCAAAAGGCCACAGGAAGUGGUGGCAUAUCUUUUCCUGGAUUUGAAAAGAAGAUGGCUCCCAAAGCUGGAGUGAAGAAACCCAAGCCUAAGAGCAUCAACACCAAAAGCAGAAACAAGCGUAUCGAGAAACUCUGCACUGUUAUCUUCGGAGACGUCGAGCCGAAAUCCAAACUUCAUCAGCCCAGCAGCACAUUCCUAUUCAUUAAUUGCGACCCCGAAGACAUCAAACAUUUGAUUGAGGACCAUAGAGAGUGCUAUAGAUUGAUCAGCGAUUAUAAGUGGCCAUUCAUCAUAGCAAAUCCUUAUAAAAUAGCAAAUCCUUAUCAAUUUAAUCUACACGCUACAAAUCAUCAUUGA